CGUCACUUCUCUUCUUCCUCUUCCUUCCCCCUUGCCUUUGCCACACUUCUGCACACUCCCUAGGGUCGAAGCUCUUCUCUUCUUCUUCUCUUGUUGUAAUUAACUUGUAUUUAUUUUUAUUCUUCGACCCUGUCCCCUCCUUUCUCGUAUUUAUUUCCCGUCACCCCUUUUUUGGGCUGCGCCGCCGUUCGGAAGAAUUAGCGGCCACGAUUCCAUUUGCACAGGUCAUAGCGGUCGGCCUCCACGAUCUGGGACGGACAGAGAGAAGGAAAGGCGACGUGCCUCUCGCAAGUAAUUAGAAUCACCGAAUACACCCAUCUCCGCUCCUCCGUCCGUCAUGGCUCGAGUCCGGAGAAAGUCGAGCAACCUGGGUGCGGACAUCCGCGGAGACACCAGUGCCCCGGCCAUUGCUACCAUGAACGAAGUCAGUCCGAUCGAGACUGAAGCCCCGAAGUGGGAUCAGGCUCUCCAGUCUCGUACCGAAAAGCCCGUCAAAUCGCAAUCGAAACGGCGCAAGAGAUCCUCUCUCCGUCGCUUCAAAGAUACCUGCUUGAAACACACAUGGCUUCUCCCUCUCCUGAUGCUCAUUGUCCUUCUUGCCGCGUACGCCGUCAACCCGACCCCGUCCAACCCGAUGCAUAGCGCGAUCUUCCUGUCCUAUCCCCAAGCUCCGACGACCCCCGAUGGCCCGGUUAUGUACGGGAAAGGCCCCAAGGACAUUGCAUUCGUCUCCUUCUACAUGAUUGUCUUGUCUUUUACUCGGGAAUUCAUCAUGCAGCGCGUGAUCCGGCCUAUGGCGAUUUACUGCGGCAUCCGCAGCAAAGGCAAGACCGCGCGAUUCAUGGAACAAGUGUACACGGCCAUGUACUUCAGCAUCUUCGGUCCCUUCGGUCUGUACGUGAUGAGCAAGUCCAACAUCUGGUACUUCAACACUACCGCCAUGUUCGAAGGGUUCCCGCAUCGCGAGCACACGGCGCUGUUCAAGUCGUACUACCUGCUCCAGGCUAGCUACUGGGCUCAGCAGGCGAUUGUGCUUCUGCUGCAGUUGGAAAAACCCCGGAAGGACUACAUGGAGCUUGUCGGUCACCACAUCAUCACUUUGGCUCUGAUCGCUCUGAGCUACCGUUUCCACUUCACCUACAUGGGAAUUGCCGUUUACAUCACCCACGAUGUCUCUGACUUCUUCCUCGCGACCUCUAAAACUCUCAACUACCUCGAUCACUUCAUCACAGUCCCCUACUUUGGGCUCUUCGUGGUGAUGUGGAUCUAUCUCCGACACUACCUGAACCUGAAGAUUCUCUGGGCCGUCUUGACCGAAUUCCGAACCGUGGGACCUUUCGAGCUGAACUGGGAAACGCAGCAGUACAAGUGCUGGAUCAGUCAAUACAUCACCUUUGCCCUGCUCGCCAGUCUGCAGGCGGUCAACCUCUUCUGGCUGUUCUUGAUCCUCCGCAUUUUGAAGAACUACAUCUUCAACAGCAUCACCAAGGACGAGCGCAGCGAUGACGAGGACGAGGAGGAAGAAGAGGCUCAGGAGCAGGAGGCCGCCGCCGUCACCACCGGUGCCGACGUUCCCAAGGUCACUGCCCGCAACCCUCCGGCCCCGCAAGUUCUGGUCAACGGCGAGCCCGUCAAGAAGGACUCCUAAGGAGAAUUUGCCGUCUUCGGGCUGACUUCUUCUAUCUUUUCUUUUUUUCCAUGUCUCAUGGCCCAAGCAGACUUGUUCAUCAAAAGUUCCCGAUUGUGGUAAAUUUUGAACGACUUUUUGUUCUCUUUUUUGUGGAAAAGCAACUGCGCCAGAGCAGUUGCUCCCAGUGCUCAUGGUGUAUGACCUUCACUUCGUUGCACAAUCUUUGUCUCUUAUAUAUUCGGUCGUCUGGUGUUCUGCAUGAUGCAGCUGAGUGGAUAUAGUGAUGAUUCCAUGAAUGAGCGCUUUUUUGUCUUUGUUGUUAUCCGAGUUCGGAGGGAGCAUGGGGAUGUGCGCCAUUCUUAACUAUAAUCAUAAUAAUAGAUUUGCGCCGACUGACGUUGGCGUUUCACAUUUAACUUCGCUUCUUGGUCAGUAGGUUGGAAUCUCUCGAUGCUUAUGAUGAUAUAGUGUCAGUCCGACGGUCUCUC